GGUUUCUUUGCAGCUGAGACACUGUCUCACCAGCCUAGGGGACAUAUCGGCCUCACACCUAGUCUGAGCAAGCGUCCGGGAACUGGAGGCAGGGAGGCCAACAAGCGACUCCUGCCAGCAGUCCCUGCGCAGUCCUAACACCAACCACCCGGGCUUUCGAACAGGACCCCAGACGGCAUUUUGGGCCCACUUCCGCUCUCUGGAGAGCUGGUGUGCCCCUCCUCCCAGCAUGCCCCUGGCUGCCCCCCAGGAGGCCCCGCCCAGUGCACGGUGGGGCAACUAGCAUGGCGGCUGACGGUGCCCUGUGUGGCUUCAUCUACCUGGAAGGCAGCACCUGGGUGGACCCUGAAGGCACCAAAGUCUUGACCCCCGUCUCACUGGGACCCGGCAGCCACAGAGAGAGCAGCCCUUUCCUCUGCCCCUUGGAGGCUUCCAGAGGAAGCGAAUACUACGACAGGAACCUGGCACUGUUUGAGGAAGAGCUGGACAUCCGCCCAAAGGUAUCAUCUCUUCUGGGCAAGCUCGUCAGCUACACCAACCUCACCCAGGGCGCCAAAGAGCAUGAGGAGGCUGAAAGUGGGGAGGGUACCCGCCGGAGGACGUCCAAGGCACCCAGCAUGGGCACCCUCAUGGGGGUGUACCUGCCCUGCCUGCAGAAUAUCUUCGGGGUGAUCCUUUUCCUUCGGCUGACGUGGAUGGUGGGCACAGCUGGCGUGCUGCAGGCCCUCCUCAUUGUGCUGAUCUGCUGCUGCUGUACCUUGCUGACGGCCAUCUCCAUGAGCGCCAUUGCCACCAAUGGAGUGGUUCCAGCUGGGGGCUCCUAUUUCAUGAUCUCCCGCUCUCUGGGGCCAGAAUUUGGAGGUGCGGUGGGCCUGUGCUUCUACUUGGGAACAACAUUUGCAGCGGCCAUGUACAUCCUAGGGGCCAUUGAGAUAUUGCUGACCUACAUUGCCCCGCCAGCUGCCAUUUUUUACUCGACAGGCGCUCACGACUCGUCCAGUGCCACCUUGAACAACAUGCGCGUGUACGGGACCCUUUUUCUCACCUUCAUGACCCUGGUGGUGUUUGUUGGCGUCAAGUAUGUGAACAAAUUUGCCUCGCUCUUCCUGGCCUGUGUGAUCAUCUCCAUCCUCUCCAUCUAUGCGGGGGGCAUCAAGUCUAUUUUUGACCCUCCCGUGUUUCCAGUGUGCAUGCUGGGCAACAGGACCCUGUCCCGGGACCAGUUUGACAUCUGCGCCAAGACAGCCAUGGUGGAUAAUGAGACAGUGGCCACCCGGCUGUGGAACCUCUUCUGCCACAGCUCCAAUCUCACUGCUGACUCCUGUGACCCCUACUUCCUGUUCAACAAUGUGACUGAGAUCCCCGGCAUUCCCGGUGCAGCUGCCAGCGUGCUCCAGGAGAACCUGUGGAGCACCUACCUGGAGAAGGGUGAGGUCGUGGAGAAGCACGGGCUGCCCUCCACAGACGCCCUCAGCCUGAAGGAGAAUCUGCCCCUGUACGUGGUGGCUGACAUUGCCACAUCCUUCACCGUGCUGGUUGGCAUCUUCUUCCCCUCUGUGACAGGCAUCAUGGCUGGCUCAAAUCGCUCUGGUGACCUCCGCGACGCCCAGAAGUCCAUCCCGGUGGGGACCAUUCUGGCCAUUGUUACCACCUCCCUUGUGUACUUCAGCAGUGUGGUUCUCUUUGGCGCCUGCAUCGAGGGCGUGGUACUCCGGGACAAGUACGGCGAUGGCGUCAGCAGAAACCUUGUGGUGGGCACAUUGGCCUGGCCUUCGCCCUGGGUCAUUGUCAUCGGGUCCUUCUUCUCAACUUGUGGCGCCGGUCUACAGAGCCUCACUGGGGCACCACGCCUGUUGCAGGCCAUUGCCAAGGACAACAUCAUCCCCUUCCUCCGGGUAUUUGGCCAUGGGAAGGCGAACGGUGAACCAACAUGGGCACUCCUCCUGACGGCACUCAUUGCUGAGCUGGGCAUCCUCAUCGCCUCCCUUGACAUGGUGGCCCCCAUUCUAUCCAUGUUCUUUCUGAUGUGUUACCUGUUUGUGAACCUGGCCUGCGCUGUGCAGACGCUCCUGAGGACCCCCAACUGGCGGCCCCGGUUCAAGUACUAUCACUGGACGCUGUCCUUCCUGGGCAUGAGCCUCUGCCUGGCCCUGAUGUUCGUCUCCUCCUGGUACUAUGCCCUGGUCGCCAUGCUCAUUGCAGGCAUGAUUUACAAGUACAUUGAGUACCAAGGGGCUGAGAAGGAGUGGGGUGAUGGGAUCCGAGGCCUGUCCCUGAGUGCUGCCCGCUAUGCGCUGUUGCGGCUAGAGGAGGGGCCUCCUCACACCAAGAACUGGCGGCCUCAGCUGCUGGUGCUGCUGAAGCUGGACGAGGACCUUCAUGUGAAGUACCCACGGCUCCUCACCUUUGCCUCCCAGCUGAAGGCAGGCAAGGGCCUGACCAUCGUUGGUUCUGUCAUCCAGGGAAGCUUCUUGGAGAGCUACGGCGAGGCACAGGCUGCUGAGCAGACAAUCAAGAACAUGAUGGAGAUUGAGAAAGUAAAGGGCUUCUGCCAGGUGGUGGUGGCCAACAAAGUGCGUGAGGGGCUGGCCCACCUCAUCCAGUCUUGCGGCCUGGGCGGCAUGAGGCAUAACUCUGUGGUCCUGGGCUGGCCCUAUGGCUGGCGACAGAGUGAGGACCCACGUGCCUGGAAGACCUUUAUUGACACCGUGCGCUGCACCACGGCUGCCCACCUGGCCCUGCUUGUGCCCAAGAACAUUGCCUUCUACCCCAGCAACCAUGAGCGCUACCUGGAGGGUCAUAUCGACGUGUGGUGGAUCGUGCACGAUGGUGGCAUGCUCAUGCUUUUACCCUUCCUGCUGCGCCAGCACAAGGUUUGGAGGAAGUGCCGGAUGCGCAUCUUCACGGUGGCCCAGAUGGACGACAACAGCAUCCAGAUGAAGAAGGAUCUGGCUAUCUUUCUGUACCACCUACGCCUGGAGGCGGAGGUGGAGGUGGUGGAGAUGCACAACAGCGACAUCUCUGCAUAUACCUAUGAGCGGACACUGAUGAUGGAGCAGAGGUCCCAGAUGCUGCGGCAGAUGAGGCUGACCAAGACAGAGCGGGAGCGAGAAGCCCAGCUGGUCAAGGACCGGCACUCAGCCCUGAGGCUGGAGAGCCUGUACUCAGAUGAGGAGGAUGAGUCUGCAGCUGGGGCUGACAAGAUCCAGAUGACAUGGACACGGGAUAAGUACAUGGCAGCUGAGCCCUGGGACCCCAGCCACGCCCCUGACAACUUCCGAGAGCUGGUGCAUAUUAAGCCGGACCAAUCCAAUGUGCGGCGCAUGCACACCGCCGUGAAGCUCAAUGAAGUCAUUGUCACACGCUCCCACGAUGCCCGCCUGGUCCUACUGAACAUGCCCGGCCCACCCAAGAACAGUGAGGGUGAUGAGAACUACAUGGAGUUCCUGGAGGUGCUGACCGAGGGCCUCGAGCGGGUGCUGCUGGUUCGUGGCGGUGGCCGUGAAGUCAUCACUAUCUACUCCUGAGCCCGAUACAGACUUGUGGCCUAGUGUGGAGGUGUUCAGGGUAGCACCCCCUCCCAGCACGCAUCUGCCAGUCCUGCUUUGGCCAGCCCUGCCCUGGACCCUGCUAUGGAGAUUGGGCCUGGGCCUGGCAUCAGAGAUGGAUCCAGGGUCCUGAGGGACCCUGAGAAGUUCAGGGACUUUCCCCGCCCACACCCCGGGAGGCCUGCCCUGGCUGGAGAAGACUGGUGGGGGCUGACAUUGGGUUUGAAGGCAGCCAGCCCAGGAAUGCUAUUUAUUGAAUAUUUAUUGUUGGGAUGUCACCAUCAGAGAGGAGAAGGGUGACAAGGGAGGGGGUCCUACCCAGCCCGCCUGCAGAAGAGCUGGCUCAGGCUACUGUGGGCAGGGACCCCCACCAAGCUGAGCCUAAUGGAGCCAGCCAGCUGAGGCCUGACUUUUUUCAAUAAAACAUUGUGUACUUCUGGG